AUGAUAGCCCUUCAUUGUGAUGGGUCCUUGACGGCUGAUAGAGCCUCCUAUGGAGGGCUCAUUCGAGAUGCUACAGGGGCUGCCAUUUUAGCCUAUGUUGGAAAGGGAGAGGAAAAUUCGGUUCUUGGCAUGGAGCUCAUGGCUAUCCUUAGGGGGAUUAUGUUGUGCAUUCAAAAUGAUCUUCGUCGUGUUUCUAUUAGAUCGGAUUCCAAGCUUGCAGUGGAUAUCUUAAAUGGUGAAGUUGGCUGCCCAUGGGCCAUGCAGGUCUUGAAGGGUCGUAUUAUUUCCCUUUGUGAGCAGUUACAUAGCAAAGAAAUUAGGCAUGUUUGGAGGGAAAUGAACCAGGCAGCAGACUUCAUAGCAGCCAUUGAUACUGGGGAUGGGGAAUCUAUCUUUAAUCCCUCGGAGUUUCCCCUAGAGUUGGUGGAGUUGAUCCAGAAUGAUGCGGACUGUAAAGCUUAUUUCAGGACCUCUUCAUUUUGA